UGUUGGGUACUCAUCCAAAACUCAUCUCGACCAUAUAGAAUACGUUGCUUUUACGGCCUGUCAUAUAUAUAUAUACUCCUUUGGAUCUUUGUAGUCGACAACCAAAGUAGAGAAUAUGAUUGCUUCUCAUCUGAUGGAGUUGCUGCUGCUGAUUGCGCUGCUACUUUUCGGAGUUCAGCUUAGCGUGGGAUCUUUGACUUCAAAUUAUUAUGCUGCGAUCUGCCCUUUCGCUGAGUUCAUCGUGAGGAACACAGUGAACCAGGCGUUGCGUAGUGAUGCCACGCUUGCUGGAGGUCUUCUGAGGCUACACUUUCACGAUUGUUUUGUCCAGGGAUGUGAUGGAUCGGUUCUCAUCGAUUCUACCAAGGAUAACACCGCAGAGAAGGACUCUCCUGCGAACCUGAGCCUACGUGGAUACGAGGUCAUAGAUCAGGCCAAGCAAAUGCUCGAGAAUCAAUGCCCCGGAGUUGUUUCAUGUGCAGAUAUCGUUGCACUGGCAGCCAGAGAUGCAGUUUUUAUGUCUGGAGGUCCCUACUACGACGUAGCAAAGGGAAGAAAGGAUGGGAGACGUUCCAGAAUAGAAGACACCAUCAACCUGCCUCCGCCAACCUUAAAUAGCACAGACCUCAUCGAGAUGUUUGCUAAGCAUGGGUUUACCGUUCAGGAACUGGUGGUCUUGUCUGGUGCUCACACUCUGGGCGCUGCGAGGUGCUCCUCGUUCAAGAAACGGCUGAGCAACUUCGACCCCAACAACGACGUGGAUCCAACGCUGGAUUCGAAUUACGCGAGGAUGCUGUCGAGAUCAUGCAGCGCAGGAGAUGAUACACAAGUGGGCUUCGAUUUCACCAGGACCAGGUUUGACGUCAACUACUACUACGCACUGCAAGGCAGGAUGGGGCUGCUCACCUCGGACCAAACACUGUACACCAACCCUCAAACGCAGUACAUCGUCAACGGCUACGCGAUGAACCAAGCCAGUUUCUUCUCCGAUUUCCAGCAAGCAAUGAUCAAGAUGGGGGCUCUAAAUGUCAAAGAGGGCAAUCAAGGAGAGAUCAGGAGGAACUGCCGGCAAGUCAACUGAUGCAUGCAGUAGUGUGUUGUUCUCACUUGCAGUUCCAAGCUGUGUUUGUGGUUUUGGCAAUCUUAAUCUGACUUCAUAAUAUAUAUUUCUAAUAAGACUGCUGUAAUUAAAGUGAGGUAUGGAUGGUGAGUUCUAAUACUCCUUCGCUA